GGAAUCAGUAUUAUCUGAUCAUCAGAUAGUUCAAUCGAUCGAUGAUCAGCAUCAUCAUCAUCUGCCUAACGAUGAAUUGAACCAAUCAGAAACAUCGAGUAAUAAUAGUAAUAAUAAUCCCUCCUCACUGGGAAUGCUUAAUCCAAUCGGUCAAUGUGAUGAAAACUUUCGUCAAAGACAGUCAGAUGUUUUCGCCGCUUUGGCCAAUCUUGAAGCAGCUCACCUAGAAGUGUAUAAAGCGACAAAAGAAGAGCGUAGAGCUGUACGUAAAUCUGCCUGGAGGCAUACAACUGCAGCGCCGGAGAAUUUAGAGGAAGAGAAACAACGUCGCGAAAAUAAUCAAGUUUCAAGUAGUGGUGAAGACAGGCGACCACCGAAUCCUACAUUUCGAAAACCACUUGCACGUCCACCAGUAGUAGGACAUCGUGCUCGACUUAAUCCACCACUUCGUGAUCCUAAUAAAUGGACACAUUAUAGUCUAGCUGAUAUUGAUGAAGAUGCACCGAUAUCAAGAGAAUUACACUAUCAAGAUGACAGUGAUGCCAAUGACAGUAGUGGUAUUCGUAGAAUUGGUGGUGAUCCAAAUGGUUCAAUUGCUAUGGCAUUGAUUAAUGAACUUCGACAACGUCGAAACACUGAGGAUAAUUCAUCAGAUUGUAACAGUAACACAGAAGAUUUACGUCGUCGUAAUUGUAAUAAUAAUCGUAUAUUAUUUCGUCCUACUAAAGGUCGAAAGAAAGCACGUCUUGAUGAUGUUGACGAGGAGAGUAGUUUAAAGCCUGAAGUCCGCUUGGAUAAUAUUUGUAUACCAAAGGUGGAUGAUAAAGAAGACGAUGAUGAUGGCUGUGACGGUGACGAGCCUCAGCAGGGUAAAAGAUCAGGCGAUCUCUUCUCCACCACUUCAUCAGCUACUACUGUAAUCAAUGAGAAGACGACGACAACGCCGGCGGCAGUGUUUGUAAAUCGUCGUUGUCGUCAGAAAGGUCAGCUACGUGUUCGUCAUACUGAUGAUAUGUUGAAUGAAUCAUCAGUAGGGGAUCAACAGACAGAUCAUGAUCGUGAUGAUGAUGAUGGCGAUGUUGAAUUCAGUGAUUUAAAGUCAACAGAGCACGAUGAUCUUAUCGAUUCCGACGAAAUGGAAGAGGAUCCUGAGGAGGAUAAAUCCAAUGAUUAUUUUGCAUAAAACUUGGGGGGAAAAUAAACAAAAUAUAUAACUUGUCCUUUUUUGAAGAAAAAGCUCUCUCCCUUCCCUGUUUUUAUUUUAGGAAGAGGGGAAUGCCAAGUGAAUUUUCAAGGAAAAACAAUACCUUGUACAGAGUUGUUUUUUUUAAAAAAUAAAUGCAAUAUAUAAUCUCCA